AUGAAGGGCCUGUGCGAACAUCCUGACCAGCGCGCGAGCGAGCGAACGUUCGAGCUGCUGCAAACGGUGCGGACCGAUGCCCAUGGUUGUUGGUCGCUACUGGAAGAGGGACGAGGGGCAGACGUUUCGGCCACGGCGUGGCCGGUUCUGUUGACUGCGAACAGUUCAUCCAGUUGCAGCCAGUCAACUCACCGCCAGGGCCGGCGUUUGGACGGAGAGAUCACGGAUUCCGAUGAGCCCAUCGCCCUGGCCGCAUUUGGCCUCAUCCACGUUGGCGUGAGCCUGCCCUGUCCGCCCACUGUUCGACAGUCGCUGUUGGAAACGCCCACCGCGGUCGGACAACUGGAGAAGUUGCAGACCCUGAUGCGGCAGGCGAAUCGCAUCGUCGCGGAACAGGUGGAGCAGACACGCCGUUCAAGGGGCCGCGCCUGCUGA